CCGCUGCCGGACCGCAGAGCCCGGGGAGGCAGGGCCGACGGCUGCGGGCCGGGGAGACGCGGGGUCGCGGAGCGGAGGGCGUCCCGGCGGGGCGUGCGGUCGCGUCGGUCGGGGUCCGCGGAGAGCGCCUGGCGGGCAGGCUGCCUGCGCCCGGGACCCGCCAUGGCUGGGUCGCUGAAAAGGAAGUUUGACCAGUUGGAAGAGGAUGACUCCUCGCUCUGCUCGUCUUCGUCUUUGUCCUCCUCGGGCCGCUGCUCUGGCCCCUGCUCCCCAAGCUCCCCAGCCUGGGACCUGGAAGAGGAGGGCCCCUGGGAUCGGAUGUCCCUGCCGGACCGGACCGUCAGUGGCCCCCAGAGUUUUACCCCCUCGUCCAUCCUGAAGCGGGCCCCCCGGAAGCGCCUGCGCCGCGUCGCCUUCAACGGCACCACCGUCUUCUACUUCCCGCGGUGCCAGGGCUUCACCAGCGUGCCCAGCCGCGGGGGCUGCACCCUGGGCAUGGCCCCUCGCCACAGCGCCUGCCGCCGCUUCUCCUUGGCUGAGUUUGCCCAGGAGCAGGCCCGGGCACGGCAGGAGAAGCUCCGCCUGCGCCUGAAGGAGGAGAAGCUGGAGGUGCUUCGAGCGAAGCUUACGGAGGCUGGGGUCCCUGAGGCGGAGGCUGGCCUGACGCUGACAGUGGACGCCAUUGACGAUGCCUCUGUGGAUGAGGAGUUGGCGGAGGCCGUGGCCGGCGGCCGGUUGGAGGAAAUGACCUCCCUGCACCCCUACCCGGCCCGGAAGCGGCGGGCCCUGCUGCGGGCUGCGGGCGUGCGCAAGAUCGACCGGGAGGAGAAGCGGGAGCUGCAGGCUCUGCGCCAGUCCCGGGAGGACUGUGGCUGUCGCUGCGACGGGGUCUGUGACCCCGAGACCUGCAGCUGCAGCCUGGCAGGCAUCAAGUGCCAGAUGGACCACACGGCGUUCCCCUGCGGCUGCUGCAAGGAGGGCUGCGAGAACCCCAAGGGCCGCGUGGAGUUCAACCAGGAGCGGGUUCAGACCCAUCUGCUCCACACGCUCACCCGCCUGCAGCUGGAGCAGGGGGCUGAGAGCCUCAGGGAGCUGGAGGCCCCUGCCUUGGGCGGCCCACCCAGCCCUGGAGGGCAGACCCUGGGCCCCACCUUCGCCCUGGCCAGCCCCCCCGUGAGCAGCGAGCUGGGAGACCACAGCUGCAGCAGUGACAUGACCGAUUCCUCGGAGGCAUCGGGCACUAGCGAGUCCUCCGACAGUCCUGCCCAUCCGGCCCUGCCUGACCCUGGCUUUCAGCCUGGCUCGGAUGAUGACAGCCUGGAGCAGAUCCUGAGGUUCAGUGACUCAGACCUGGGCGGAGAGGAGGAGGAGGAAAAAGGGGGCGUGGGGAACCUCGACAACCUUAGCAUCUUCCACCUCGCCGAUAUCUUUGGCUCCGGUGACCCCGGUGGCCUGGCCGGCUGGACCCACAGCUAUUCCAAUACCAGCUUCACAUCGGGCAUCCUGGAUGAAAAUGCCAACCUGGAUGCCAGCUGCUUCCUAAACAGUGGCCUUGAAGGGUUGGGAGAAGGCAGCCUCCCUGGCACCGAGGUGCCGCCCAGCCUGGACGCCGGCCAGAGCAGCUCCGUGGACCUCAGCUGGUCUUCCUGCGACUCCUUCGAGCUGCUCCAGGCCCUGCCGGACUACAGGCUGGGGCCCCACUACGCCUCUCGGAAGGCGUCCGACACCCUGGACAACUGGGAGGCACCCCACUUUUCCCCGCCCGGGGACACCGGCGUUUGCUUCUUGGAAUCCAUCAUGGGCUUGUCUGAGCCAGCUGCCGAGGACGCUGGCUUCCUUCUGGGACUGCCAGUGGUGUGAGGACACAGCCCUGGCAUCCCUGCUGGGGCCCGUGCCUGUUACGAGGACUAGGGUGCCUUUUCCCGGCCCCGAAAGCCCUGUUGCUGCUGUGUCAUAAUUUGGGGGCUCUGUGGGGCCUGUAUGUAAAACCUGUCCCCCAUUAGCUGACGCACCCAUGCGGGCAUUCCUGAUUUUCAUGCAACACUCUGAUGUAUUAUUUAUUUUUGUAACUUGCUGUGCUGGAGAGAGUGGGAGGGGGCUCCCUCCUUCGGCCCCCCAGCCCCUGGUGCCCAGUCUCUCCCACUUCCAUGGCGCAUGCCAGGAAGAGGAGGGCGUGAUGUUUCUCAGCCUGAUGACAGCGACACAGGGCUGGAAACAUCUACCUCUUCCGGCUUCUGCCACCCUGAGCCUUCCCCACCCCGGGUGGCUGAAUCCUCUGGACUGUGAAGACUAUAAUUUAUUUCCAUAAUUUAUUUGGAGACGAGGCAGCUUAGGCUUCUCGCCCCUGGCUGGCAGGCAACGCUGAGGUCAGGGUGGGGCACGGACCCUGUGAGUCCCCCUUUUACCUGGUAGUCCUGCAGCCCCGCCUGCCUGGUCGUAGGUGCAGACCAGAUGUGGAUUCAAACCCUGUGUCCGCUGUGGCAGCUGCCUGGCUCCGGAUGGCUGAGCAGGCAGAGGUUCGCCUCGGACAGAGGAGGGACUGAACUGACCAACCGUGACCCACUCGGCCCCCCUCCACUUCCUGUCCUCUGCCCCGUCCCUCCCCUCCCCCAAGGGCCAUGGCCUUUAGUCCGGGCCCAUGGAUGUAGGAAGGGGAAGCAGGAGGCGGAGAGAGCGAGAGGGGCUCGCCUCAGUGCCUCGGGGCCCGCCACACGCCCUGGAAGACAAUCUCAGGGCUUUCUGGACACUGCACUCCAGCCCGGCCCGCCCGCCUGCUCCCUCGGCCAGUGGGCCAGGGCCCGGGGUGGUGCCUUACGGCUCUUCUGCCCGUUUGUUGGUGAUGAGUUUUGCAUCCGGAUUUCUAUAUUGUCCCUCGAUAUUGUAACUAUAAUUUAUUCAUUUCUCUCUGUGUCUGUGCCAAGGAGCCCAGGCGCUGCGCCUGCCUUCUUACCCAGGAGGCCGUCAGCCUGUGUGCUCGUGGGAACACCUUAUGCCUGAACUUACAGGUACCAAUAAAAAGGCUCCAUUUUUAA